AUGCCGUUUACAGCAGCAACAGCUGAUGCAAUGUCGCGUUGGCUCAAUUAUCUUAUUGCUUUGCCGAUGGUAAUCUUUGGUACCAUUGGAGGGAUAUUAACUAUAAUCAUCUUUACGAGACAAAGUUAUUUUCUACGAAAUCCAACAAUUCAAUAUCUAUUAGCGGGAGCAGUCAUGACAGCACUACAUCUCCCAUCUGUCUAUUUACAAGGUAUACUUGUCGAUGGUUUCGGUUUAGGCAUAUACAAUACGAAUAUUAUUGUCUGUCGAGAACAUCAUUAUCUAUUUUAUUCGACAACAGUUGCAACUAUUUCAUUUCCAUGUUGGGCUGCAUUCGAUCAGUAUAUUAGUACAUCGCGUGACGCUACUGUUCGACGUCGUUGGAGUUCAAUACGGAUGACUCGAUUUGCCAUUGUCGGUACAAUAAUCUUCUGGAGCAUCGUAUAUUUUCCAAUUAUCUUUAUGGUUAGCAAUGCUAGCGGUCUUUGUGCUUUUAUAGAGAGUCCACUUUCAAGAAUGAAUGACUAUUUCGUAACACCUGUAGCCUACACAAUUGCUCCACUUGCUGUAAUCGUUGUAUGUACGCGUGGUAUUAUUCGAAAUCUUCAAUCGGAUAGAGGUCACAAUCAUAAUAAUAAUUUAAAGAUACAAGUUCGUCGUAUGCUUAUUCCUCAAUUAAUUAUUCUUAGCAUUUCUGGAAUACCAUUUGGUUUAUAUAGUAUCUAUACACAGGCAACAAGUAAAACAUAUAAAAGUGUUGAUCGAUUAGCAAUUGAACACUUGUUUCAAACAAUUAUUCGUUUAUUUUAUCAUCUCAAUUUUGUCUGUACAUUUUACACAUAUUUGUACAGGUCAAAAGAGAUGAGAAAAAAUUUUAAACGACUAAUGUACGGAUUGAUUCGAAGGAAUCAAAUUGAACCAACAGACAUGUCGCAGAACAAUACAUUUAUUCUUAACACACUCAGAUAA